CAUAUUUUAAAUAGUGUUUUUUUUUCUUGCUAGUUCAGAUCUUACAACUGAAAUAAACAUUCUGGACGUACUUAAAAUUACUGGGUGUUAAAUAUUGAUUUUGUUCGACAUAUUCAUACCGAUGAAGUCAUAAAAAUUUUGAUACAAAAAUAGCAUUUAGCAUGGACUAAAAUAAACAAUUUCUUGCACAGAUCAGGCCAUUCAUGAUCCUCUAUUCAAUGACAUCCUUUAAUCAUUGGUCCAUACUUAGUUGAAUAUGGACGCAAAAACAUUUCUGUCUGAGUUACUCUUGAUUCCUGGAUGACUUUUCCUUCAUUUCCGAAUGACCUGACCUGACAAUGAUAAAAUUGUUAUAGCCGAUUUGCUGAACCGACAAAUUCUGGGUACAUCAGCCAUGGAUGAAUGCGCUUGCAUACGCUGUUGAACUCUCAAGUUUGCGUUUAUGUCAACUGACAGAAUUUCUUAACAUCUGACAGUUAAACCCGAAUUUUUAAUUUGUGAAAUUGUAUUGUAUACAUAUAUAUGAAUUAUUAUUUUGGUAUUCAAAUUGCGACAAUUCCCAUUGUAAAACAGUGGCUAUUGAACUUUGGCACAAAGUAUGCAUUUCAUGCUAAAUUAGUCAAGCGGGCAAACUUUUAUUUCAUGGUUUAAACUACAAUUCAAAAGCCAUUAAAAGGCAACUGUGACUUUUACAACGUCCUAGAAUUGUUUUUAUAUUGCUGAUUUUUUCCAUUUUAUUUUCGCAUUCUUGUAGAAUAAUAUUAAUAUUUAUUUGACGAGUACGUUCUCUUAUGUAGUAUGUAUCAGUAUAUUAUGAGAUUGGUCGAAGCUGAAUUACUUGUUGAAAUUAUAUGUUUAAAAAUCACAUCUUUUUUCUUCAGUUUGAAUAAUUUCGCAAAUUCGUUCAAUGCAUAAUAUAAUAUUGAAUGAAUAUAAUUUUGAUUCCGUGUAAAUGAGUGAUCAAUGACCAUGUUUUCGUGCUACUUGUACCUAUUGUAAUAAUCAAACUUUUCUUUCUUUGGCACAGAUUCAUUGAUAUGCUACAAUCAUAACACCAAAUAUUCCAGAAAAAUCUAAUACAAUCAUGAAGGUCGAGUUACAAGAGUUAAGUUUAGAAAAAGUCGAAAUACCAGACUUGCGACGAUUAAAAGAAUUGUCUGAAAGACUUCAACUCUCUCCAAAGAGAGAAUCAGUGAUUCAGUGGCAAAAUGAUUUAAGGGAACUGCAAUCAGAAGGAAUAUAUCCAAUACCUUUGAAACUGAAGAAAGAAGCAAACUCGUCUGUAGAGCCCAACAGCGCGCCAAUUAUCACAAACAAAUCCGAGCAAAAUAAACAACGAAAGGAUGAUUCAAGUUCGACGACAAAGUCAAAAUCAUUUGACAGCGCAACAGACACAAACUGCGUCAUUUCUACUAUUGAGAAUUUGAAAAGACAGAGCAAACCUGGCAUCCAACUAACGCAAGUUCAAACUGACAGAACUGCGUCAUUGAAUGUUAACAAUUGUAAGAUUGACGAUACUAAAAUACGUAAACCAUACGCAAGUAAAUAUUUUCGGCAAAGAAGCAUAGAAGACAGUCAAAAGAAAAUUAAACAAUACGCCUUGCGUCUUGACGCAAAAUCAGAAAUUGACAUUCAGAAUAAGGAAAAUGAAACUACUGGGGCGAGAUACAAGAGAAUGGGAAUGGCUUUGGAAAGACUACGCACAGAUUUGUUGGAUAUGAGAAUACAGGACAACAACCUCGCACGGCAACUGUUAGACGGAAGACAUGACUUGGUUCAAUUGAGAGCGCAAAAAACUUGUGAUGAGCAUGCAACAAUGUUGGAUGAUUUCACAUGGGAGUUAGAAUUAGAAGAGGAAUUAACUGAGCAAUUAAGAUCUUCAGACCUUCCCAGUGCGUUCCUUCGAGGGCCGAACUCUCUUCUCGGAGGGACAUCUCCGCUAAGGCUAAUCGGAAUCACCAGAUUGUCAAUGGAUUCCAAACGAUUUUCAGUGAUAUGAAAGCAGAUAUUACAUGAAAGUUCAUAAAUGGAACGGCAACAAAAUCGGCGAAUAAAAAACUGGACCUAGUCCCAAAAGUGCAAAAAACAACAUUUAAAUUGAGAAAUAUACAGAACGCCUUUCCAGUCUAUGCCUUUUUUCAACAAUAUCCUUUGACAUGUUGUUUUUGCUUACGACACAACGAUUUUUAUCAGAAUCUAUAUCUAUCUGAAUUCGUUCCGCCAGAAAAUAACGAAUUGUCGGGAAACCGAGUCUUACUUUGUAACUAAAACAAUGAACAAAAAAAAAAAAUUAUCUACUCUGACAGUUUACCAUUUCUUUGGAAAUUCUAUUCAAAUGCAACCCAGGUUACCUAUUUUAUAUACCUUAUUCUGAUAAAUUAUGGUAUUUUGCUUUCAGUUUAGAGCUAGUAGGUGACUGCUGUUGCGUGGUUUUCAAACUAGCUUCAAUGUGGAUUCAGUCAUCUAUCUAAAUAUACCAAUAUUUCAGUUGUAUAUUAUUGCGAAACUACAUUCCUAAAAACUAUGUAUAUGUAUUUCCACUGUAAAUACAUUAUAAACUUGUUCCUUUUGUAUUUAUUAUUCAGCACAGAAUAAACGAAUGCCUCU